AUGUCCAUCCUAGAGUCCCAUUUUGUCCCUAACCCCGUGGGCGUCCAACUCAGGGUUUCAGAAGAGGACGAUCUUCACAAGCGCGACGGAUCCGAUUUCAACUCCAUGAGCGGCGAAGACCAGCUCGUAGAAGGCGACGACCUCAUCGGGCACGACGAAUGCAUCACCGCCAUCGCAUAUUCGCCAGACGGCACCAUGCUCGCAACCGCAUCAACCUGCAAGGAUAUCUGCAUCUGGAACCUGGCAGAAAGGAGUCUUUUCUGGGUUUACGAAUACCUAACUGCCGAGGUCCGCUCUCUCUUGUUCUCGCCAAAUGGACAGAUGCUGGCCGGAACCAUGGCAGACGAAUCCGGAAAAGCGGUCACAUUCAUCCUGUGCCUAGCUCAGCCGGAAGUCGAGCGCUUCUUCAGGCGUUACGAGCACCCAAGCGCUGCCGAAUUUCUUUUCCAAUCAAAACCGUCAGCAUGCUUCGAGCAGUUCUCUCCGGACAACAAGUUCUUCGUCUACGGCAGCGACUCUAGCGUCGGGAUGGUGCAACUUGGAAAUAAUGGGCACGAGCAGCUGCAGAUCAUGGAGCUACUCCCUAACAGCACGCUGGAGACCAUUCUACCGUUCACCCCCGACAGCCGGUACGCUCGCUUCGUCUAUCAGAUCGACGACGACAUGCCCAUGGUGAUGCGCGUCGUGGAUGUGUGGACUGGAGAUAUCGAUACGGUAAACUUGUCGCUCGGAUCAUCCGACCAAUACGCUCCCGUAGGCUCCCCCGACGGCCUGAGAAUCGCUGGGCCCGCUCCGUAUGGCCCAGGAUUUCAGAUCUGCGACGCAAUGACUGGCUUGGAGAUCGCUGGCCCCUUUGUCGCUCACUACGGCAUCCUCAAUGGGCUAUGCUUCUCUCCGGAUGGCGGUCGCAUCGUCGAUUGCUCGGAGGAUGGCAGCUUCAUCGUCUGGGACGCCUAUACGGGAGAAAAGAUAUGGGAGCCGCUCGUGCGCGUGGAUGAAGCAAUCGGUGGAAUGACCUCCAUAUGCUAUUCUCCCCGCGGAGACUAUCUUGUUGGCGGUUUCUUCACUACUUUGGCUAUUUGGGACGCUCAAUCAGGCGAGAUUGUGUCCGGACAUCCCCUCGUCCAUAAGAUGUUUAGCUUCGAUACUGACUCGCUGACGCACCAUGGCGGGCGUGCCUGCGACGCAUUGCGGACAGGAGUCGAGUUUCACCACGUCGGUCGGUCCUGGUGA